ACAAACAACCACAACCACAAACCAGAAAUGGCUGCCACCGAUGGGUUUUUGACUGUUCUUGAGAUAUGCCGAAUCUCACCACCGCCAAACACCGUCGGCGAAAGGUCACUGCCACUUACUUUCUUUGAUUUGGGAUGGCUCCUCUUCCAUCCAAUUCACCAGAUUUUCUUUUAUGAAUUCCCUCAUUCAAAAUCCCAUUUUAUCCAAACAGUUAUUCCCAACCUCAAACACUCGUUGUCCAUAACUCUACAACACUUCUUCCCAUUUGCAGGUAACCUGAUCGUGUUUCCUCCUCCAAAUGCUUCAGGUAUUGCUAGAAAACCUGAAAUCCGUCAUGUGGAGGGUGAUUCCAUCGCACUUACUUUUGCUGAGUCUACUCUUGAUUUCAACGAUCUCAUAGGAAACCAUCCUCGAGACUGUAACAAGUUUUAUCCUCUGGUACCUCAACUAGAAGGUGCCUCUAAAGGAUCUGACUUUGUGAAAUUUCCUAUAUUUUCUGUGCAAGUCACGAUCUUCCCAAACUCCGGCUUCGCUAUUGGGCUCACCAAUCACCACACCCUUUCUGAUGCACGCACGAGGUAUGAUUUGUUGAGGGCCUGGACUUCCAUUGCAAAAUAUGGUACGGAUGAGUUAUUCUUAGCUAGUGGAUCGUUGCCCUUCUAUGAUAGAGUGAUCGAAUACCCUCAACUUUUAGAUGAAAUCUAUUUUAAUCAACAUGUGAUUCAGACUCUAGACGAAAACUACCGCCCUCCUCAGCUUGUAAGCACGACCGAUAAAGUUCGGGCCACGUUUGUCUUGACACGGGCACACAUCAAUCUGCUAAAGAAAUGGCUGUUAGUCCAACUUCCAAGACUAGAAUAUGUAUCGUCAUUCACAUUAGGCUGUGCUUAUAUAUGGAGUUGCAUAAUCAAAUCACGUUUGCAUCUUGAAGGAAAGAAAAGUGAAGAUGAACUAGAAAGGUUUUCUUGUGUCAUAGAUUGGAGGUCUCGUUUAGAUCCACCUGUUCCACAAAACUAUUUUGGCAAUUGUGUCGGGCCGUGUUUCGCCACAACCAAGAGCACCAUACUAACCGGAAACAAAGGGUUUGUUACUGCUGUUGAAUUAGUAGGAAAGACUAUAAGGGAAACGGUAAAGAACAAGCAAGGAAUGCUCAAAGAUGCAGAGACUUGGCUCGAUAGAUUCGUCAUACAGGUUCCAACAGUCGGUGUGGCAGGAACUCCGAAGGACGACGUUUAUGAUUUGGAUUUUGGGUGGGGGAAGCCGAAAAAGUAUGAGUCUAUAUCGAUAGAUUUCGGUCAGACAAUGUCUGUUAAUGUGAGCAGCAAAUCACCAGAAGAUCUUGAAUUCGGUUUGUCCUUACCAGCUAAACAAAUGGAUGCUUUCAUUACUAUAUACGGGGACGAAUUAGAGAGCAUAAUUUCUGAGGAAAACUCUUGAUGCAUCAAUCUAUAACGAUGGUCUUCUUUUAUUACUAGUUAAAUCGUUUGUGCUC